AUGACGACCAAAUGCAGGCAGCAAGAGGAAUUCCAGAGGCUGGCUUUUGCUUCAUUGAGCGAGUACUUCCAGGAGCAUGCAGACGAAGUCAUCGAGAUCGAGAUUCUACCUCCUGCUAUACAGCCACCGGAUGGCAUCACAAUGCAAGACGGAAUGAGUCUGGGAGUGCCGAAGAAGAUACUUGCGUUAGCCUACCUGGAAGCCCGCCAACAUUUCUUCGUGCAUAGCAAGGCACAUGAUCCUAUCACGGCUGCACAGACAUUGCAAGCGACAAAGGUCAUGCUUCUAUUCGACCCAGAGCAUCUCACUGCAGCAAAUUAUCGAAAACGCACCUUGUUCCAGCUAAAAGAAGCUCACGGUCUUCAUGUUGGCACUCCAUACCAUAGGGCAUUACGACAAGAGCUGUGCUUUCUGAACAGCAUACUUACCUCUCCACUUCAUCGUCAGUCCAAGUCGCCGACCUUGUGGUACCACCGCUUCAGCAUCGUGGACUCUUUGAGACUCAUAGAACUGGGAGAUGCAUCGCAAGAACAAAUAGCAACGUUUUGGGAGAGCGAAUUCGCCGCUAUUUACAAGUCUGGAGAGCAGCAUCCGAAGAACUACCACGCUUGGCAGUAUGCUCGUAGGCUGGUAUCUAAGCUUGAUAGCAGCGAGAUGGUUGACCAUGUCACCCACGGCGUCAAGGAUUGGUGCUGCAGACACCCAAGCGACAUCUCUGGUUGGUCGUUCCUGCUGUAUCUGAUGCCUAUCGUAGCUACAUCGCUACAGCGGGAGCUGUUACUCGAAUCCUAUAGGGAAGACCUAAAGGAUACCAACAGGCGACCAAUAGCACUAGACCGUGUGUGUAACGCCAUUGCUUGGAUUCAAGCUCACCAAGAGUCCAGCGUGUGA